AUAUCAAUCCAGUGCAACAGCUCCAGGGCGACAGUUGCUUCUCCUCCUCAUCCAUCCAUCCAUUCCUACCAAGUCCAACAUGAAGCAGUUUGUGGUUUUGGCCGUUCUGGCUGUGAUUGGCGGUUCCCUGGCCGCUCCUCGUCCGGAUGUCAGCCAUCUGGCGGGAUACAGCUACCAGGCUGGUGGUUACAAUGGCAACCUGGUGGCCAAUCAGGUGCUCAGUGCUCCCUUGACCACGGUGACCACCUCGUACCAGCCCACGGCAGCUGGUACCAACUACUACAGUUCGGCACCAUCCAUUGGUCAGCUUAAUCUGGGCUCCUCCGGUUCUUCUGGUGUGGUCAACUACCAGGUGGGCGGCUCUGGCUCGUCCAGCUAUCAAGUGGGCUCCUCCUCUGUCGGCGGUGGCAUCGUGAACGAUAACAUUGGCCUGGCCGGUCUGCAGCCCGGACCCACCAUCAACUACAACGAGCAGGAGUCGUACAUCAGCCAUCUGGCCAACUUCCAGCCCGCCCAGAUCAACAAGCACUUCUACAUCCACAGUGCUCCCGAGGAUCACGAUGAGCAGCAGAUCGUGCGCUAUGUGAAUGUGGGCAGGCCCCAGAAGAACUACCGUGUGGUCUUCAUCAACGCUCCCACAUCCACCGCCAGCAAGGCCAAGAUCAUUGCCAACGUGGCGCCCGUUGAGGAGAAGACUGCCAUCUAUGUCCUGUCCAAGAAGUCUAAUGCCCUGGAUGUCACCGCCGAGGUGGUCACUCAGCGCCCUGUGGCCAACAAGCCGGAGGUGUUCUUCGUCAAGUAUAAGACUCCUCAGGAGGCGGCCCAUGCCCAGCAGACCAUUCAGGCCAACUAUGAUGCUCUGGGUGGAAGCUCUGAGACCAGCAACGAGGGUGUGAUUCCCGUUUCCUCCGUGAUCGGUAGCCUGGGCGAUAAUGGAGCCUCCGGAGUGUUGACCGAUGCCAGCGGUAGCGUGAACAUUGUGGGCACCGGCGGAGUUCCAACCGUGGAUGCUGGAGCCAGCUAUGAUGCCGAGGGCAGCCAGCGCCAGGUGAUCAGCACCGUGACUACCGGCACCAAUGCCCAGGCUACCUAUCUGCCCGUGAAGCCGGUGAGGAAGUAGGUGAAUCGCCUGGAUUCCAUUACAUAAUCCGCAUCCACUGCCAAUGAAUGACAGACACAAUCCAGCCUCGGAAGAUUCGGACUGGAUGGGAAAGCCCCUUGGGUUUGGGGCCCAUUACAGUGGAAUCUCGCCGGGGAAACCUUUGCGAUUUUUCCUAUUUAGUUUUGCCUUCGGCACUAAUUCAUAUUUUUUGUGUAUAAUUUUUUUUUUUUUUUAAAUAAAAUUUAAGAGUUCUCAUAGGCAUUC